CGAGCCGCACCCGCCUCGGCGAGCCCGCCCGCCGUCCGCGGCCCUCUGCCUCGGCCCCUCGCCUGCCCGCAGCUCUACCCUCCCCGCCUCCUCUCCGCCAGUCGUCCUCCCCCGGUCCCUCCGCGCUCCCCUCCCGGCCCUCGCGCCCGCGCUCGCACUCAGCGCUGCCCCCGCCAUGACGGAGGCGGGUGCCGGUGCCGCCGCCGCCGUCGCAGGGGGGGAGUCGGGUUCCCAGAAAGUAGCUUGAUGAGUGUCCAAAGUAGCAGUGGAAGUUUGGAGGGGCCGCCAUCUUGGUCCCGGCUCUCCACGUCUCCAACCCCGGGCUCGGCGGCGGCGGCCAGGUCCCUGCUGAAUCACACGCCGCCAUCCGGGAGGCCCAGAGAAGGUGCAAUGGAUGAACUUCAUAGUCUAGAUCCGAGAAGGCAGGAGUUACUGGAAGCCAGGUUUACUGGAGUUGCAAGUGGGAGCACUGGGAGCACUGGGAGUUGCAGUGUUGGAGCUAAAGCCUCAACAAAUAAUGAAAGUUCUAAUCACAGUUUUGGAAGUUUGGGAUCUUUAAGUGACAAAGAAUCACAAACACCAGAGAAGAAACAAUCUGAAUCAUCCAGGGGAAGAAAAAGGAAAGCAGAAAAUCAGAAUGAAAGUAGUCAGGGAAAAAGUAUUGGGGGACGUGGCCACAAAAUUAGUGACUAUUUUGAAUACCAAGGUGGAAAUGGCUCAAGUCCAGUAAGAGGCAUACCUCCCGCAAUCCGUUCUCCACAAAACUCACAUUCACAUUCCACUCCUUCUUCGUCUGUUCGACCGAAUAGCCCUUCUCCUACUGCAUUAGCUUUUGGGGACCACCCUGUUGUACAACCAAAGCAGUUAUCCUAUAAAAUUACUCAGACUGAUCUCACAAUGCUGAAAUUAGCAGCAUUAGAAAGUAAUAAAAAUCAAGACCUGGAAAAGAAGGAAGGUCGCAUAGAUGAUUUGCUCAGGGCUAAUUGUGAUCUCAGACGGCAAAUAGAUGAUCAACAAAAAUUACUUGAAAAAUACAAAGAACGAUUAAAUAAGUGCAUAUCAAUGAGCAAGAAGCUUCUUAUUGAAAAGAGUACACAAGAAAAACUGUCAAGCAGAGAGAAGAGUAUGCAAGAUCGGUUACGCCUUGGGCACUUCACAACAGUUAGACAUGGCGCUUCGUUUACUGAACAGUGGGCAGAUGGUUUUGCCUUUCAGAAUCUUGUGAAGCAACAAGAAGGGGUGAACCAGCAAAGGGAAGAUAUUGAAAGGCAGAGGAAACUUCUAGCCAAACGCAAACCUCCAACAGCUAAUAAUUCUCAGGCACCUUCUACCAAUUCUGAACCAAAACAAAGGAAAAACAAAGCAGUCAACGGAGCAGAAAAUGAUCCUUUUGUUAGACCAAAUUUACCACAACUGUUGACUUUGGCAGAAUAUCAUGAGCAAGAAGAAAUUUUCAAGCUCAGACUAGGCCAUCUCAAAAAGGAAGAGGCAGAAAUCCAGGCAGAACUUGAACGUUUGGAAAGAGUCAGAAAUCUUCACAUACGGGAGCUCAAAAGAAUAAACAAUGAAGAUAAUUCACAGUUCAAAGAUCAUCCAACAUUAAAUGAAAGAUACUUAUUACUUCAUUUGCUUGGAAGAGGGGGCUUUAGUGAAGUGUAUAAGGCUUUUGACCUAUAUGAGCAAAGAUAUGCUGCUGUGAAAAUCCAUCAGCUUAAUAAAAGCUGGAGAGAUGAGAAAAAAGAAAACUACCACAAACAUGCCUGCAGAGAGUAUAGAAUACACAAAGAAUUGGAUCACCCCAGAAUAGUUAAACUCUAUGAUUAUUUUUCCUUGGAUACAGAUACGUUUUGUACAGUGUUAGAAUACUGUGAAGGCAAUGACUUGGAUUUCUAUCUGAAGCAACACAAGUUAAUGUCAGAGAAAGAAGCUAGGUCUAUUGUAAUGCAGAUUGUAAAUGCUCUAAGAUAUCUCAAUGAGAUUAAACCUCCUAUUAUACAUUAUGAUCUUAAGCCAGGAAAUAUCCUUCUGGUAGAUGGAACAGCAUGUGGAGAAAUCAAAAUCACUGAUUUUGGUCUAUCCAAGAUUAUGGAUGAUGAUAGCUAUGGUGUAGACGGAAUGGAUCUAACUUCCCAAGGGGCAGGCACUUACUGGUAUUUACCUCCUGAGUGUUUUGUAGUUGGAAAAGAGCCACCAAAGAUUUCCAACAAGGUUGAUGUAUGGUCAGUUGGAGUCAUCUUCUUCCAGUGUCUCUAUGGUAGAAAACCAUUUGGCCACAAUCAAUCUCAACAAGACAUUCUUCAAGAAAAUACAAUACUGAAAGCCACAGAAGUCCAGUUCCCUGUAAAACCAGUUGUAAGCAGUGAAGCCAAGGCCUUCAUAAGACGCUGUUUGGCAUACCGAAAAGAAGAUCGAUUUGACGUGCACCAACUGGCAAAUGAUCCAUACCUUCUCCCACACAUGAGAAGAUCAAAUUCUUCAGGAAACCUACACAUGUCUGGGCUGACAGCAUCUCCUACACCUCCUUCUUCAAACAUACUUACUUACUGACUCUCCUCCAAGAUUGGCAUGAUCUUUGAUUGGCUUCCAAUGCAUACUUGAAUUUGAGAGCAUUUGAGUGUUUCUGUUUUCCAUUUUACACAAGACAUGGUUAAGAACUCUUUGUGAACCUAAGUCCUUUGUGGAGUCUCUUGUGUGAGAGUGCAUUGUGAACAGUGAAUGAGCACACACACCUCACUCUGACCUGGAGCAGUGAAACAGGAAUACCAUGCUGAGAAGAAAGGGAGGGUGUUUUUGUUUAUUUAGUGGAACACUGUAAAUAACGUUUAUAAUACUUAAAUAUAUUUGAUUGUUACUAGAGAGUUCUAAUAUGAAGGGUAGUUUUUCAUUAUUUAAAAACACAUGGAAAAAUAUGAAACAUAUUUCUAACACAAGAACUACAGUGCCUGGAUACAUCUUCAGCAUUCAGCAGUUAAUCUGCUGAAACCAAAGUAAGAACUGAGUGAUGGUGACCGUUGUGUUUUAUAAAAAUAGAAUGUGAGAGUUAGAAUCUUUGGGCAAAGUUAGACUUUGUCAUUUGCCUAUUGUGGUUUUUACCAAGUUGUACCUCGAAAUCAUAUGUCCGGUUUUCCCUACUGGUUAUGUUAAAGGGACAGCUGUUACUCCUAGAUCCUUCACACCUUUAACAAAAAGAGCUGCCUAUUCUGAAUCAGUUGAAGUCACUAAAUUGUAGUAUCUCCAGUGCUUUCAAUAUUUUAGAAUUGUUAACAGGCAUUUUUCUUUUGUCACCAGGCUUUGUCCAUUAAGACAAGAGACAGUGUAUAACCAAAAGCAGACCAGUUCUAUGCAGGAUAAUGAUAAAUUCCCUUCUAGCUCUAUUGUAAAUUGUUGUACAGAUGUCGUAUUUCAAUUACUAAGUUUCAGCAGCUUAUUCUUGUACAAAUGUUUAAAAAUAUGGCUUUUCUAAUUGGAUAUUGUAUUUUUUUUAAGUCUUCUUGAAGGCGCUUUAAUUGCUGCUAAAUAAUGUUGCUUUUUUGCUAUAAAAAAAUUGAAUGACCUCCUUGAAGGUGCAACUUGACUAUAUAUCAUAGAGAGAUAAUUAAAAGCAGGCAUUCAUUAACAAUCAAGGCAUGUAAAAUCCAUGUUGGGCAUAUUGAGUUCUUUAAAUCAGUUUCUUGGGUUCUAGGGCUGUGGAGCAUAUAGAUACUAGACUUAUAAAUUGUUCAUGGUUAUUCUACAUUUCUAGAAGGUUCUUAGCAUCAUGGUGGGAUGAUGAUCCCGUAGGAAGUUUCUUGUGGUUUGUACAGAUUUGUUAAAAUGUGAACAUUUUCUAACUGCCUUGUAUAGUAGAAACCAAUAUUUUGAGGAUGCUGUAUUUCAUUCCUGUAAGGGUUUUUUUUUUUCUUUUCUUUUUCCUUCAUUGUCACAUUCAUAAUGCUGAGACUUACAUGUAAGUUGUCCGUGUUGGAGAAAACUGAGGCUAUACCUACCAGAUUUCCCUUAAUAUUGUACAGUUUAAACUGUGGCUCUUAUCUGAUGUUGCAAGCCAUUUUUUUCAUUGUACAUAGACACAUUGUCUCUUUAAGAUGCUGCUGGAAUUAUAGAGAAUGUAGCCAAAACAGUAAUAAACCAUGACAGUUAAAAUGUAAAGACUGUGAAAAUUACAUUCAAAGAGAGCUUUUUAAGAUUUAAGACACUGACCAACUUUUAACUCCUUAAGAAUCAUCUGGAUAAAUUCCUUAAGCAUACUCUUAAGUAUAAAGUGUUUCAAGCUGUUAAACUUAGCCCUGAUAACCAUUAUCAAGGCUAAUCCUGGGUAAAAUUAGCACAACCAGGGUGGCUUAGGGCCAUACCUCUUCUGUAGAUUAAAAUAAAAACCCCUUAAGAACAUGGACGUGAUCACAAAUGGUGACAUGAUCACAAAUGCUUGUAGUUGUACCUGUAAGUUUACAUUCUGAAUUAAAAGAACAUGCCCAGUUUUGUUUAAAAUUUUGGUGAGGUAUAAUGUUGAUGUGCAAGUCCAGCCUGAGGUUGAGUUGACAGUUCAGAUAGAUCACAGAUUUCACCGCAGUAUUUUCAAAUGAGAGUAACUGCUAGCAUCAGAAUGUCUAAGAGUCUGAGGCAGGAAGAUCAUGAGUUUUAAGACCAGCCUGGACUACAUAGAAAGACCCAGACUCAAUAAAUAAAUAAAAUGUGGGGGGGGUGAAAAAGGAGAAAAUAGCUUGACUUGAAUCUUAAGUAAUCAUUUCAGAAUCAAGAGUAUAUGUGAAGGGCUGGCAAGAUGGCUCAAUGGGUGAGGAAGGACCCGUUCAAUCUCUACAGCCCACAUGGUGGAAGAACUGUAGUAUAGCACACCACAUCACACGUGCCCUCCACACACACAUAAAAGAAAGAAGACUUACCCAUGUCAUCUAAAGUUUUUCCCAAUAUGCUAUGGAUUUAGAUAACCUACUGUAAUUGGGCUAAAUGGACCAGGGUCACCUUCACAAGAUGCAGCUAGUGUCUUGCUGAAUAAUUUCCAUUUACUCUGGCAGGCUUUGCUCAUUUCUUUUGAGGCUUCAGUUUUUUUAGGCACAGUUCACACUUAGCCUUUUAAACUUGGCUUACAAAGAGAGUGUAGUUCAGUGUCCCAGCACCCCACCCCCCAUCCCCCACCCCCAAUACAUUAGUCUGAAUCAGUGUGUGGAGGCUGAGAGGAAGUGUAGACACUGUGUGGUGAUGAGAAGUUGGGGGUGGAAACACGCCUGAUUGUUUCAAAAAUAAUGGUUUGAAUUAUGUUUUUCCUUAUGGCUGUUUUCUUUUUCUAAAAAAAAAAUGAGUUUAAAAUGUGAACAUAGACUUCUGCAAGUACCUCAUUAUGGAAGUCAACAUGGAGAUGGUAGCACGUCAGUGAAACAUCACCAAGUGCAUUGUACUAUUUUGAUGUUUAUUAACUAUUAAAUAGUGUCGAUUACUCUCAGAUCCUACUAGCUAUAUUUUAGUGAAAAUGUGGUCUAUUUAUGUUGAUAGUUUAAUGAUUUAAUUACAUCGCUGUUUGAUUUUUUUCAUGAAAGAAAUAUAGCCUUAUACCUUUAAAAGCAUAUUGGCAAGUCUUC